AUGCAAUGCUAUGAUGAGGCAAUAAAACUUGAACCCAAUAAUCCUUUGCAUUUCUGCUGGCGAGCAAGACUAUUUAAUAAUCUCAAACAAGAAGAAGCGGCUUUGCAGGACUUUAGCAAGGCUUAUCAUUUGAAGCAAGGAAAUCAAGUAAAUGGUGUUUUCACUGGGAAUGAAUGGAAGCUUUCUAGAAAAGAUAUCAAUUUUAUUAACGACGUAUUAGGCCGAGACCGUAUUGAACUACUUCAAAAAAUGCAGAUUUAG